CUCAAUCUCUAUCUCUAUCUCUAUCUCAAUUCAAAAUCUCUCACUUUCACUCUCUCCUCUCUCUCUCUCUCUCUCUACAAUGGCCGGAAGAGGAAAGUCUCUGAACUCUGGCGCCGCCAAGAAGUCCACCUCCCGCAGUAGCAAGGCCGGUCUCCAGUUCCCCGUCGGCCGAAUCGCUCGCUUCCUCAAAGCCGGCAAGUACGCCGAACGCGUCGGCGCCGGCGCUCCUGUCUACCUCGCCGCCGUCCUUGAAUACCUCGCCGCUGAGGUUUUGGAGUUGGCUGGGAAUGCGGCGAGAGAUAACAAGAAGAGCCGAGUGGUGCCUCGUCACAUUCAAUUGGCGGUGAGGAACGAUGAGGAGCUGAGCAGGUUGCUUGGUGCUGUGACGAUUGCGAAUGGUGGUGUGAUGCCCAACAUUCACACUCACUUGUUGCCUAAGAAGGCUGCUAGCGCUGCAUCUUCAAAGGCUGAAGAUUAGGUUUGGGGUCGACUCUUGUGAAGGAUAUAUACUCUACAAGUUUCAAGAUUAGGAUCAAAUUAGCAGGUUUAGGGUUAGCUUUGAUUUUUAGUAGUGUGUAUGAUACCUUUGCCCAGUUGUUGCCUUGUGUUCAUCUUACUUAGAGGUAUUUGCAGAAUGAAAAUUUGAACAUUUUCUUAUGAAACUAUUACUUUUGUGGCUUAAA